UCUUCAUUAAUUAAAUUAAUCAAUAAAACAGAAGAACAAUUGUUUCGGUUGGGAAUAAAUAUAGAAUACAAGUGUCUCAUUCGAACUGUGUAUUUUUUAAGAAUUUUUCAAACUUUAACAAUUGUAAUAUUUAUAAUUACUGUAUUUCAUGGUAAUUUUAUGUUAAAACGACAUUCGGUUAUCGAAAAAAUAUCAAUGUGUAUUGUCCUAAUUUUUCCAACUAUUGUUUCAACUCUAUCUUUCAGUUGUUUUACUAUCCUAGUCAGUUUAUAUAACAAACGAUUUGGACAGUUACGACGUUUUUUAAAAAAUUUACGAAUAAAUCCAGAUAAACCACAACAUGCAAAUGUUUGUGAAUAUACAAAUUUUGAUAGUUCAAAUGAUUCUGUAAACUAUUUAAUUGAUGAAAAAUUUAAUGACAAUUAUCAAUUGAUUAAUAAAAUAAGAUUUGCUCAUAUGGAAUUGGUAAAAGUUGCUAAAAUAACUGAUUCAGUUUAUGGUUUAUCAAUGACAAUAACAUUGAUGAUAACAUCCGCAACAUGCACUGGUAUUCUUUAUAUAAUAUGGGUAACAGUAUGCAUAAAAAAUCAAGGAACAAUGAUGGAGAAAUUGGAACAAAUUGAAAUUUUACUUGGAUGGUUAUUUUUUUCAAUACUUAAAUUUGUUAUUAUAUCAUUUGCUUGUGGUAGGACAUCAAAUUCGGCAAGUAAUAUAGGUAAUAUUAUUUGUCAACUUCAUGAACCAUCAGCUAGUAAAAAAUUCUGCUCCGAACUUACUAAUUUUGUAUUUCAAUUGAUGGAUACUAAAUUGGUUUUUAAGCCAUGUGGAUUGAUUGAAUUAAAUAAUUCAACUUUGUGCUAUAUUGUAAGUUCAAUUCUAUCACUACUAAUUGUUCUUAUACAAAUUCGAGAUAUACCAUCAUCAUCGGAAGAACUACUUAAAUUUAAUAACACUAAAACUAUAAUCGCGAAUUAGUUGAUCGAUAUAACUGUCAAAAGUUAUUGUUACAUCAAGGCUAAUCUAAAAAUAAAUAUUACAUUUAAUAUUGCACUUUAAGAAACAAAAAUAAUAAAUAAAUAAAUUUUCAUGCAGAUGUUAAAUAAAGAAAAUGUUAUUGAUCACUGUACGUACUUGUAAUAUAUGCCUGUAAUUUGAAAGAAGAAAAAAAUAGCUGAAAAAAAUUUACAUACAUCCUAAAUAACCCUAUCUAUUUUUAUUUGAGAUAGACAGUUUGACGCAUCAAUUUCGAUCGAUCAAUUAAUACUAGCUGUUAUUUUCAUCAGACAAUUAAAAUACAAUUGAUAAAACGGAGUAGAAGCCACUGACCUUUCGGUGCCUCAAACAAUGACUUUGAGGGUGGCUGUUUGUCAGAUGAUGUCAAAUAUCAGGUUGAUGUCAUGAUGUAUCUAGUUAGUUGAUCCAUUUGAUGUGUACUAGUGUAGAUUAAAACAAACAGGUACUGACAGGCACCACAAACACUAACGCAAUCACCAACUGACUCUUUACAUUAACAAUAACUAAAACAAUAACACAAUCUGCGAAAAA